AUGGUACUUUUUAUUGUUAGCAUUCUAUUAUUAAAUGUUUGCAUCGUCGCUGUGUCGCUCGAAGAAUCAUUUGUUCCGUUCCAAACGAAGAAAAUAAAUUUUAUUUGGUCGAAAGCGUUACAUCAUCUCGAUGAUCGAAUAUUGCUAAAGCGUCUCAAGGCUGAUUUGGCAAAAUUUGAUUCAUUGUAUAUGUCAGUGAAGGAGCAAAAUAUGGUUCGUCCAAAAGCCUCUCUCGACCAGAUCGACGCGAAAUUAGAAAUUAUGCUGGAAAAGUAUAAUUUGCAGUCGGCUGUGUCAAUAUUCAAUCAGAAAGUGAAGUGGUAUGAAAAUAGUGAAGAUUAUAGUGCUUUGAAAACUGUGGAUUUUGACAACCCAGCAUUACAGAAGUUGUGGAAAUUGGCUUUAAAAUCGAAAUUUACUGAUUCAGAGUUGAAAGUGUUUCUCGAUGAUUUAAGACUGUACGAAAGGAAAUUAAUUUCAUAUGAAGAAAAAAUAUCAAGGUACAAUAAAAUGUCGAGUAAUGAAGAUGAAAAUUAUUUGCAUAAUGACGCUGUUGUUGCAAACUCGAGUUUCUCUACAUCUGAAUUGGAUAUUAUUCGCUUACAAUUGCAGGCAUUUGAUAAACAAUUAGAUAAGCUCGCUUUUCACGAAAAAGAACUAAAAUUAAUCAAGGAACACAAGGAAAGGUCUGGUAAAACCAAUAUUUAUGAUGAGGACUUCUCAUUUUUUGAAGAGAGUCAUGAUCGUGUUAGACGUAAGCUACGCAAACUUGAACAUUUUCUUGAGUCAAAAAUUCAUUCAGAGUUGUAG